AUGGGGACAUCACGACCCCCUGGGGACACCUCAGGGGAGUUCUCAGACCUGACCUUUGUGGGGCUGCUUGGUCCCCAUGUCCCAUUCAAGCGGCAGCAGAGGGGUGGAGACCAGAAGAUCAAAGCAGAAGCUCUGGGGGAGUUCUUCAGCUGCUGCUUGGAGCUCCUGGAAGACGUUGGUGCAAUGAAGGUCUUCAUCCUCCUCUUUCUCAUCCCAGGCUCCUGCCUCUACAUCCCCUGCCGCUACCACCUGUGCCAGGCCACCCGGCUGAGGACCUUCUCCUGGCUCCACCACCCUCGCUACAACAACUCCACGCGGGACUUCAUGGGUCAGGAGGUGGCCAAGAUCCAGAGUGACCUAAAGGACGUCCAAGGGGACUGUGGAUUGGUCCUGCCCCAGGUGGGGACCUCCCAUGGUGGCCUCUAUGGCCUCAGGCUGGUGGCCCUCCAGAGGAAGUCCUCAGGGAAGCUGCCCUGGAUGCACAUGGUCAAUGUCAGCAUCACUGCCACCAGCCCCCGCCCCAACCUCUGGCCUCCCCCAGCCUCCCUCACCCAUGGCCUCAGGACCACAUUUGGCUGCUGGCUGCCCCCCACCUGCCCUGAUGCUGUCUCCAGCCUCACCUGGGGACCUCCUGGGGACACUCAGACCCUCGGGGGCGUUGUGGACAUGUGGAUCCCCCCUGCCUCUGUCACCUCCGACCCAGCCAUGGGCACCAGUCUGACCUUCACUCCCCGCUGGGACCAGGAUGGGACCAUCCUCACCUGCAGCCUUCGAGGAGAUUCUGGGGAAGUCCUCAGCAAGGUGGACAGGAGGCUGCAGGUCAACUAUGCCCCCCAGAACGUGCACGUGGAGGUGACCCCAGCGUCCACUGUCUACGAGGGCCAGGAGGUGACCUUGAGCUGCAGGGACCUGGCCAAGCCCCAAUCCCAACUCUACAGCUGGACCCUGAAUGGUCAGAGCCUGCCCCAUCGCCUGGCACAUGUCCACCUCAGCUCCACCAAGGCCUCUGAUGGGGGCACCUACAACUGCUGGGCCACCAAUGACUUGGGGACAGCUGAGUCCUCCCCUGCCAGCCUGGAGGUCUACUACCCUCCACGAGGAGCUAGCUUGGAAGCCUUGACCCCACUGCCGGCCCUGGAGGGUUCACCAAUCAGCUUGCGCUGCUCCCUGGGCCCCGCCCACCCUGUCCCGCCCACUGUCCAAUGGCUGCGCGACGAUGCCUGGCAGGCUGCCACGCCUGGCCACACCCUCACCUUCUGGGCCGACCCUGCCCACUCCGGCUCCUACCGCUGCAUUGGCCAGAAUGUCGCCGGCUCCACCCAGUCCCCGCCCCUCACUGUCAACGUCUGGUACCCCCCCAGGUCCAUCCAGGUCCAGCAGCUCCCAAUGGGCCCAGUAAGGGCUGGGGGAGGCCCCGUCCAGCUCAGGUGCUUGGUGGGGGGGGCUGAGCCCCCCCAGCUGGAGGUUACCUGGUACAAGGACGGGAGGCUGCUGACCUUUGACCCCAAGGCCUCUGAGUCUGUGACCUUUGACCCUGUGACCUUUGACUUGAUCUUGGGGCCUCCCCUCCCUGCCGAGGCCUCCUCCUUCUCCUGCCACGCCCGGAACGCCGCGGGGGGAGCCCGGAGCAGACCCCUGCAGCUUGAUGUUCUCUUCACCCCAGUACUGACCCCACCUCCCUUCCCAGUUGCUCCUUGGGGGGUGCAGUUGGAGGCGGAGCCAGGCUGGGUGGUGCCGGAGCUGAGUGACAUCAUCCUGCGCUGCCACGCCCGCUCCCGGCCACCCCCCAGUGUCUUCUCCUGGUACCACAAUGGCCACCUACUGGGAACCAGUAAGGAGGGGCUGUGGCUACUGGGAGAGGUGGGGCUGGGGGCCAUGGGGCACUACCACUGCCGGGUGAGCAACCAGCAGGGGGUGGCAGAGUCUCCGGAGUGCAUCCUCAGCGUCCAAGUCUCUUCCAGUACCCUCCUCAAAAGGAUCUUCCUGGGACUGGGAGUCACUGGCGCUGCCCUGCUGCUGGGGACCCUGGGGGCACUCCUGUGGCACUGGUGGCAGCAGCGAGUGGCAGCCGAGGAGGUCCCAGAGGUGGCACCGGGGAGGACCUUUUGCAUGUACAGGAAACAGACCUCCUCUGACAUCAUUGGCACCUCCUCCCCACCCCCUGCUCUGAUUGGCUGUGAGCCCAGGAGGAUUCUGGGGGACCCCAACCUGCAGAGGAGCCCUGGGGCCUGCAAGGCCCCAGAAGGUCCUGACUACGAGAACCUGUCUCCAGGAGCCACCUCAGGAGCUGCUGGGACCGGGGAGGGGACCUUGGUCUAUGCCACCUUGGCCUUGGCCAUUCCAAGGCCACCUGGGGCCCACCGGGAGGACAUGGAGGAUACUGCUGUGGACUACAUCAGCCUGAGGCACUGA